AUGUCAUUCAAACUCACAGUGAAUAGCCACCUUGAGGGUCUCCCGAAAGUCGUGCAGCUGAAGCUUUACGAUGCCCCAGCAACAUGCCUCUCCAUCUUUCGUCUUCUCCCGCCCCUUGCAAAGUUCUACGUCAUCAGCAUGCUCUUCAAUGAAAAGCCCGUAUCAGUGAAGGAUUUAGAGAAGUGGACACAGCCUCAGGCGAGGCGCCUUCAGUUCGAUGCUCUCAAACGUCUACGAGCCCUUCACAUCAUUGAAGAGGACUCUAGUGGCACUCACUUACGACUUCACCAAACCUUUCAAAAUAACUUCAGAGAUUGUCUUACGGGAACUCAGACACCCAACGCAUUUGGAAUUUUGGAUACUGAGCCUCUGGAUGAUCGUGUUACCGUAAGACUUUUGGAUAAGUUUGCUUCUCAGAAAUGGGAAACCAUUUUGCAUUUUAUGGUAGGCACGGAGUCUGCAGUGCCAUCGAAGUCUGUGCUUUCCUUGUUGAAGCUGGGUGGUCUCAUGGAAGGACCAGGAACGUCUCCUAGCAAUUUGAAAAUCACCAACGCGGGCUUUCAAUUUCUUCUUCAAGACGUCAAUGCUCAGUUGUGGACGCUUUUACUAGAAUACUUGAAUCUUACUCAAGAUCUUCACAUGGAUCCAGUGGAUGUACUCAACUUCAUCUUCAUCUUGGGUUCUUUGGAACUAGGGAAGGCUUACCAGGUGGCUUCUCUUAGCGACACACAAGUCUCCAUGCUACCUGAUUUGCGUGACUACGGCCUUGUUUACCAGCGUUCGGAAAAUUCUGCAAGAUUCUACCCUACUCGUCUCGCCACAACACUCACAUCUGAGUCUACAGGGUUGAAAACGCCUUCCAUGGUAAUGGACCAGCAUUUGCAAAGCACCGAAGGAGACGUCGAGGGAUCGCUGCUGGGGCAGAUAAUCCUCGAAACGAACUUCAGUAUCUAUGCAUACACCAAUUCCCCACUCGAGAUCGCCAUAUUGAAUCUCUUCGUUACCAUGAAGACUCGAUUCGCUAAUAUGGUGAUUGGUGUUAUUACACGAGAGUCUAUUAGAAAUGCUCUUUCGAACGGUAUAACAGCCAGUCAAAUAAUCAACUUUCUUGAAGCUCACGCACAUCCACAAAUGCGUGCCUUAGCGAAGGAAAAGCUUGAUAAAAAAAUUGAGUUUGACGCGUCCCACAAUAUCAAUACCGCCGGUGGAGCUCCUCAGUCCAAGUCGGGAGAUUCUUCAGUCGCACAGCAUAAAUUAGAAGUUCUUCCUCCGAAUGUUGUUGACCAAAUCAAGCUUUGGCAACUUGAAUUAGACAGAAUUCAAACCUUCGAUGGGUAUUUGUUUAAAGACUUCAAAAAUCAGAGUGAAUAUGAUAUCUUGUGCAACUAUGCUCAAGAAGUUGGUGUGUUAAUAUGGGCUGAAAAGGCGAAGCUUAGGUUCUUUGUUACACAAGAUGGUAUGGCUCAAGUAGCAGACUUCGCUGGAAGAAAGCUUCGUUAG